AUGCAGAAUCCAUUCGAAGAACAACAAACUGUAUUACUAAGUAGAAUGAUAGGAAAUAUAGAAAAACUAUCAGAAGCUAUGGAAGAAUUAACCAAUGCAUUAGAAGAAUGUACAAAGUAUAAUUCUAAAGUCUUUGAGUUUCAUCAAGCUUUGGAACAUUAUAAUUUGAAUGUAAAAUACAAUUUAGAAAAUCAAGAAGUAGAAAACCAUUAA